AUGCAUAUGGACAACGAAGAUUUAUGCAAGCAGAAGAACCUGGACAACGAGAGUCUGCUUAAUACGCUGAGCGAGAGAUACGAGUUGGCAGAAAUAUACACGAAUUGCGGUCUACUGCUGCUAUCUAUCAACCCGUACGCCAGGCUGGACAUCUACAGCGAGAAUAUAAAGCAGAUGUACAAGAAAGGUCACAACCUGAAACCACACAUCUUCAUGCUGAUUGAGGAGUGUUUGAAGAAUAUCAGGCUACGAGGAGAGCAUUCGAUAAUCAUUUCUGGAGAGAGUGGAGCUGGUAAGACAGAGUGUACCAAAAUAAUACUGAAAUACCUGGAUAUAGAGCAGAUUGAGGCAGUAGACAUGAUUGUAGAGAGCAUUGGAAAUGCAAAGACAGUUUACAACAACAAUUCGAGCAGAUUUGGGAAGUUGAUACGAGUUGGAAAGACCAUCAAGUUGGAGACAUUUCUGCUGGAAAAGAGUCGUGUUACGGAACAGGCUGAAAAUGAACAGAAUUUCCACAUUUUCUACUACUUGUUGGCCGGUAACAAUUUGCUGAUGGAUAACGACUACAUUACAGUUCAUAGGUUUGGAAAGUAUAAAGAGAAAUAUAUGGAGUUGAAACAGGCAUUCAAGAUGAUUGGAAUUGAUUUCGAAUACAUUGAAAGAAUGCUUCUGGGUGUAUUGCAUAUUGGAUCAAUCAAUUUUGAGGACUGGGAUGAUGGACAAUUUGAUCAAAUCAGCAGCACAUUCAACAUCAGUAGAAGUGUAUUAGAAGAGUAUUUAACGUAUAAAACAAUGAAAAUAAGAGACGAAGAAAUCAAAAAGAAGUACACAAUUCAGGAAUCCAAGAUGUUACGGAAUUCAUUAGCCAGAUUAAUUUAUUCAAAGAUAUUCGACUACAUCAUUAUGAAGAUAAACGAGCAUUAUUCAGGCAAAACCAAUGCAACACAAUUCGAAGAAGGAGAGUGUCUGAACAUCCUGGACAUUUUUGGAUUUGAGAAUUUCGACAAAAAUGGCCUGAAUCAAUUCUGUAUCAACUGGUGCAACGAGAAGUUGUACGAUGAGUUUGUCAAGAGAACAUUUGAGCACCAGAAGGCCAUUUUUGCUGAAGAAGAACUCGAUUUGUUGACUAUGAGAAAUAGUAAUGGAUCAUUGAUCAAUUUGAAGGGUCUGAAAAUGGGCAAAUCAGCAUUGAAUUUGAUUGAAAAGAAGUGUGGCUUAGUUGAUCUAAUUGCAGAAGAGUCAAUCAUCAAUGGUACACCUGACAAUUUGUGUAACAAAAUAAGGCAGUACCUGAAACUAGCGAUCAAAUUUGAUGACACGUUCGUGUUUAAACAUUAUGUGGGAGACUUGGAUUACAAUUGCAGUGAUUUUGUUGAAAAGAACAAGGAGAAAGCAGACGUGGGUUUGAUUGCAGGUAACAAGUUUGUGAUACAAAACAAUACAGAAGAUGUAUGCAAGAAUGUCGUAGGAUACUUCAGAAAGAGUAUGAGAAGUCUGUUUGAUGUUCUAAAUAAAACAGAAUUGAAAUACAUAAAAUGCAUAAAGCCAAAUAAUAAAAAGGCAGAAAUGCACUUUGAUAGGGGAUUAGUGGCGAAGCAGCUGCGAGCAAAUGGAAUUCUACAGACUAUACAGCUAUCUAAACACAUGUUUGCGUACCAAUGCUACAUAGAUGAGUUUGAAGAGAGAUAUUCAUUCUUGUUUGCGAUGAAGACGCGAGAGAGUGAAUGUGCGUUCGAAUAUGAUGGAAAUAGUCUACUAAAGAGUUUAGUGAAGGGAAAGACGAGAUAUUUCUUCAAUAACGAGACAUUGAAGGAGUUAGAAAAGGUGCGAGUUGCAUUAAGCAUGAUUAGGCUUAAUCUACAUAAAAGAAGAAUGGAAAGAGUAUUUUAUGUAAUACAAAGAGUCCAUAGACUUGAAAAAGAGCGAAUUGAGAACGUACGAAUUGAACAGGAGAAGGCGCUGGUUGUAAAACUGGAGACUGAAAGACGGCAGCAAGAAGCAAAGAUGAAGGAGGAGUUGAGUAAGAAAGCAGAAGAGAAGUUACCUGAUGAAAUCAUUGAAAUAGAACAAAUGUGUGUGAUAAAACAAGAGAAUGAGAAUCCACUACCACAAAAAGAGAGAGUCGUCUCCAAAAACAAUACCAAAUCAAACUGUAACAAUUGUAGAGUUCUAGAACAGAAAUACAAGUUCCAGUCUCAGAAACUGCUCAGGUUGCAAGGGAUUGAAUUGGAAUACGAGAAACUCAGAAAAGAGGUGAGGAGACUGACCAAUGCAGAAGAUUCCUCUGAAUCAUUCGAUGGCCUAUCAUCCAACAAUAUUUAUAGAUGCAUGAUUCAGAUCUAUAUUGAUCAUGCACCAAUGUUCUCAGAGAAGGAUGUUCCCAAGGAUGAGAUGCUGAGCAUGGCCCAUGGCUUGUUCUACGCCAUCAACAGACUCGAUGACGACUUCAACCUGAAUCUCGCUGUGACCCUGGAAGAAGUCUCAAGGAGACUCGAUCAGAUAUUGGCCAAUACACAAAUCACCCUCUUCUUCCUGUCAAACACGAUUGAGCUGCUUGUGCUCUGUGCUGAUUCAGUGAUCACUGAAAUGACUCCAACCAAUAGGCAGAAUCUCAUUGAUCUAAUUCACCUGUUUCACAAGGAGGUGACUCACGCCUUCAAAACCAGAAUCAGAACAGCUCUUCCAUUCUCAAUCAUUGAGCACCAGGCCAUCAAGGAACUCAAAGUGAAAGAGUCGAUUUUCAAGAAGAUCUUCACUGGCACCACAAUCAGCCAACUCGUCUCCAUUUUGGACGAAGUGGUCGACUGGCUUGGAUUCUACUACGUCCCUGAGACCCACAUUCACGGAAUAUUCGCACAUCUCCUCGGCUACGUCGACUUCGAGUCAUUCAACAGCCUCCUGAUCAAGAGAAACUACCUCUCAUUCAACAGAUGUGCCCAGAUCAACUACAAUCUCUCUGAAAUCACCAAAUUCUGCUACCGAAUUGGGUACACCGAUGUCUCACUCUCAUUAGGCCACAUCACGGAGGCAGUGAAACUGGCAACAGCAAUGGCAGUCGUCCACAAAAGCAGCAACAAGAAGGACUGUGCCUACCUGACUGGCCUGAUCAAUAACACAUUUCUGAAUCCACUUCAAAUCAAUACGCUGAUUGACUUGUUUGAGGAGCAGCCUCUUCAGAAGAUUGGAUGCAGGGGAAUUGUAGAGAAGUUCAUCAGGGAGCCAGCAGAUGAUCAGAUCACGGUGGAGCUGUACAGUGAUAUCACUGCAUUUGUGAUACCGAAAUUCAUCCCAAACAGGGCCAUGAGAAGCAUCAUCCGAGUCAUUGAACAAAAUGACGAAAUCUGA